ACACGCGAUGCUGGAGGUGCAGAUGGAGAACUGUCUGGUCCAUGGGGACCCUUCUGGUCUGGUCUCGGUUCUCCACCAUGAAGGACUGACCGGCACCACGCUCACCAGGCUGGACCGGCUGGUCACCAAGGAUCUGUGUGGAUCCAGUUUCACCAGAGUCCUGGUCGUGUUGAAGUCUUUAGAGAUUCUGUCAGAGAACAGAGUGGAUCUCCAGAAACUCAUCGACCACGGGCUGACUGCUAAAGUGGUGUUAUGGUUCGAGGCCAUCCACGACCUUCUGACCUCGGACCUCCUGAGGAACUCCGCCUCCCUGCUGAGCCUCGCUGAGGAGUUCUACGACUACUUCCAGCUGCUGGGUCAGGCUUCUCUUCCAGUCAGUCAGCUGUCUGUGGUUCUCCUUCAGCUGGCUCGGUUCGCUCUGGAACCAGAAAUCCACUUUCCUCUGAGACUUGAGGCCAUCAGAACAUUUAACAGCAUCCUGGAAUCUCUGAGCCGCGAGCAGAAGAAACUGAUCCAGAUGGACCAGAACCAGACCCUGAUACUAUCUCAGAUGGCAGCAGCAGUUCUGACAGUUGGAGACUACGAGCUGCAGGUCAGCCUAUCAGAGGCUCUGUGCCGGCUGACUCCCAGGAAGGACCGACAGCAGAGAGCCAAUCGGUGGUUCUCCAGCUGUGACAUCAGCAGCGCCUUCUGUGACGUCAGAGACGGAGACUUUGAAGUGGACUGUCGCCGUUUCCUGAACUUUGUUAACGGUCACCAUGGCGACCAGAGGAGGGUCUUCACCUUCCCCUGUGUCAGCGCCUUCCUAGACUCCACUGAGCUGUUUCCACCAAAAGACGACAAACUGGACGAGUUCUGGAUUGAUUUUAACGUCAGUUCAGGAUGUGUGAGCUUCUUCAUCGACGAGCCUGAGGGCUUCUUGUGGGGGUCCAUCCACCUGCUGAAGGAGAACGUGGAUCGUUACAGUCUUCACCUGAAAGAUGACGAAUGCACUGGGGCAGAGACAGUCCUCCGUGUCAGGCUAAACAAUCCCAUCAUGCACCACAACAGCAGAGGUCAGACGGUGGAGUUGAACUUCAACUCUGAACACCACCAAGAGCUGGAGGAGGCUGCUGGGAAAGUCUUCAUGGACCCAGGUGGUACGGUCCAGGUGCCCCCCUCAGGUAAGCUCCCUGGUCGAUCUUACAGCAGGAAGAACCCACAGAGCAAGAGUCAGCUGAAGGUUCUUCCUCUGUCGUCUCCGAGCAGUGAGGAAGACUCCUCCCCCUUCAAGAUGCCGGCGAGCCGAUCCGAGUUCCUUUUCGAUCGGAUCCGACACUCGACUCCGACUCGCGACUCAGGGGUUCCUGUGGGGGCGGAGCUAGAGAGCUUGAAGGAAGUCCAAUGGCGUUGUGACGGGAAGAGAGCCGCUCCAGAUUCAGGCUACCUGUCAGACCAAGAUCAGGGUCCACUGCCCCAGAAGAGGAGGGCGGAGGCUCAGACAGAGGGGGAGGAGACUCUGCCGGCAGAGUCUUCAAACGAAGGGGCGGGGCCACCAGAGGAGGAGGAGGGGCUGUUUGAUGCAGGGGCACCUGUCGAGGGGGAGGAGCCUUUGAUAGAGUUGCAGGUGGAGUCAGACUUGACGUCCGGCAUCACAGCUGCCUUCAACAACUUCAAAACACAACUCGACAAACACUUCACUGUCAGUGCAGUUAAAAAGAUGUGA